AAUCUGCUAGUUCAUCAAAGCACUAAAGCUAAGGACUAAUUUUCAUUUUUUUUUUCAAGGAUAAAGUUGAGCAAAUUUUCGUAGCCAAUUUUCUACAUGGGUUUCCAUACAACACUGACACAAUUGAACUAAAAUUAUUCGACGACCUGACGUCUCAUAGUUACGUAUUAUAGGCAGUUGGUGACACUUAAUGUAAACAGAACGUGUGUACUUACAUAAGAGAAACACACAUUGGUAUGUAGUACAAAAACCACACUUCAAUUAUGACUUCUAUAGUUAUACGUUUUUAUUCAUUUUUUUUGAAAUAAUAAUCGAAAUCAGCUAAGUUUAUUGAGAAAACAUCUCAUAAAUCUUGUUAACGAACAGAAACUUGUGCGGAUCACGUAGCACACAUUCAUGUACGUAUUAAGCUCGGUAGUCUUAUUUCUUCGACUGAAGUGUGAAGUUUUAUCACCGUAUUCGAAUCAAGUGUGGAAAAUGUCUAAAUUAUUAUUCUUGGCGAUACUAUUUCUCAACUUGAGCUUGAUCCAUGGUCCAUCAUUGCUAAGCAUGGCACCGAAACAAAUCAGGAAUAUGGCUGAGACAGCAUUCAAACGUAGGAGUAAAAGUUCACCCAAUGACCUACUUGCAAACACACCUUCCACUCUUAAAAUGCCAGAAAAAGACAUCACACAAGGACUUACCAAGUCCAUCACAUAUCGACCACUGGUGAUCGAAGUGUCUAAAGAAGGGGAUCUCUAUUUACCAUCGAAAAAAAACAUGGACAAAUUUUUAAAUCCUUCUAAAUCCACGGAUGGUAUUCCUCCGGUACUCAAAUAUUUUUGUCCAACUGAAAGCUCGGACAAAGAUACUUGCUUAUUAGCAACUCGCAAUCGACAAUGUACUGGAAAAGCUAAACCAAUAAUUGCACCAUUACUGACGGAAGAAUUGCGGCCAGUUUUUUGCGGUCCUCAUGACGAAGGUGAAAUGUAUACUUUUUCCUAUCAACUUUGUUUCAAAUCGGAAACCGAUCACCAGGAUACGAAGAAAAUGGAUAAACUCGAAGAAAAAGAGUACGUUGUGUAUGAUAUUUGCUACAAUCACACAGCAAAGGAAACAAUAUACACAUUACACGAGCUACGUUGGGCAACAUUACUACUAAACGAAGAAUUGAAAGAAGAAGAAGAAAUAGAUUUCGAAAUGAGCACAUACGACUACGGACAUUUUGAAAACUAUUUCAACAUCGCCAAAGAAACAUACUCGAAACCAGAAAACUCGAAUAAAGCCAAACAACUCGUGCCACCGGGUGACUUUGUAUUCGCUUUGCAAAAAAUACCGACAUUUCAUUACAUCAAUGUCAGACCGUUACACGAAGACCUCAUCGAAUUAUGGGACUACAUUAGCGAACUAAUACGUAACAGCGAAAUUGCAAUGCUCAAUGUCCGUCACCUGAUUUACACGGGAGCUUACAGAAUAACCGAAGAUGCUUCGAAGAUGGAAUACAUUGAAAAUGGUAACAUCUCCAUACCAGAACUAUGGAUUAAAGUCGUACUGAUCAAGGAUUUGAAGAAAGAAAGAUUUGGUUUGGCGAUUUUGAUGAAAAAUCAUAACGCAAAAGAAUCGCAGAAGAAAUUUGAAGACUACUGCGAAGAGGAUUUUUGCAAUAUCAGCGAUAGAAAAGAUGAAGUUUUCAAAAAUUUUAGCACUGUUGGCAGCAGUGUCCGGUGUUGCUUGAUAAGCACUGAGAUUCUGAAGUUCUUUAAUUUGAGUGAGAAAUACAAAGCUGAGAGCAUCAAGUUUCUACCAAUAGAUGGUCUAAUUGAUUCGCAGUACUUGCAGAAGAAAAUAAAAAAUAAAAAAGCAUCGAAAAAUUAGACCAGAUUAAACUCGUUAAAUCAAGAAUUUAAAAGAAAUUUUCAGUUCGAAGCACAGGUCAUCCAUAAUUAUUGGAUUAUCGUUUAAGAAUGAAUAAAAGUUAUU